CCCCCCCCCCCCCCCGCCCGCAACUUCAUUCUCCUCCUCGCCUCUGAUCGACACGAGCCUCACAACCUCCAAUCGUGCCGUAGACAUCUGCUUUAGCUUACAGUCGACCUGGAACCAGUCACUUUAGAGCAAAGCCCUCUCAAGAGGCGCGAGUGGACGGCGCAAUGGCGUCCGCGAGCCCAGCUCCCGCGCGUCCCUUGAGACACAAGACGAGCACUUUGAGACCUGGAGCAGGACAUGGCAUGGGGACAGGCAGUGGUAGCGGAGCAGGGCUUUGGCUUUCAGGUAGUGCAGAAGCGGCCGACGACGCCAAGAUGGAGGCUACUGCACAACAGCAAGCCACUGAGGAGCCGCGAGAGGUUCCCACUUCAGCAACACCAUCUCAGCGCUCAAGCGCACAGCGCACGUACCACAUUGCGGCGGAGGAACUCAUUGCCCGAAGCCCCACUGCUUCAGUUGAUGCUGGUUUGCAGCGUUGGAAUGCUCUCGAGGCGCAAAGGAGCGCUCAAGUGUCCACUGACGAAGAAGUAGAUCUCAAUCUGAGCUUCGACUUCACUAGCCAGCUCGAGGGCCAGACACGCUCGCCCGUCGAGAGGCUGAAGAAGAGAGUCGCUGCUACAGUGGAGCGCAUGUCGGCAACUCUGGAUGACCAACAAGAUGGAAUAUCGGUGCAAGUCGCGCCACCUUCCCCAAAUGCACCCUCUCCAGCGCGUGGCAUGUCCGAGGCCGCCAAGUGGGAGACGAGGCAGCGUAAGCGGCCUCCCGCACCGUUGUUCUUCUUGCGCAGCGGUAAGAGCGAUAAGCGAGCGCAUACAACUGGCGACCGGGCAGACGGGGUGGAGGUCAGUCACUUCAGCCCCAUAUCUCCAGCUGCUAACGAAGUCGAGGCGUUGCCAAUCACACCUCUGAGCUCUACAAAACGAUCCGCCGACGCCCAGACAUCGAUCGACUCCCAACAGCGCUCGGCACCUUCGACGCCGCGCUCGGGCAGAUUUUCGUCCUCCUCGUCUCCUCGUCCGGAUCCCCCCGCCACGUUGCCCCCCACAGAGCCUCUUCCCGCUCUACCGACUGGUGCGGACAUCAGCGCUCUGGUCAAACAGCAACGUCUUCGCGCUCAACAGAAUCAAUGGCGCAAAGUUAGUGGAGGAUCAAUGCCAGGCACACCCACCACCGAGGAACCGCCUGCAUUGCCUGACCUGAUGACUCUUCCUCAGCCUUCACUCACGAAGGGCCAACAGAACACCUCGCUCGAUCUUGCGCUCCCUCGAACGAGCCACGAGUCUGUGGAAGUGCUUGCCAAUGCAGCGUCUGAUCCUGCUUACGACUAUAGAAAACAUUUGAGCAGACAUCAUCAGCACGCCGCUUCAAAGAGCUUGACGAGCAGCACCGCAGAGCGCACCUCAAAAAGUGUGCGUCGACGCCAUCGAGCCCGCAACAGCGAAAGCAGUGUUGAGAGUUUUGCAACGGCAGCCACUGGCGUUUUCCCGGCUGUCACUACGGAGGAGGCGGCGAACACUAACACCAACGACACGCUCAUGCCCAUACCGCGCGGAAAUGCGCUCGGCCUAGACACAGGCAGCGCUAAUAUGGCAUUGCAAAAUGGUCCUUCUCUCGAGGUGCAGACAAGAACUCUAGCCUAUCCCCCAUCCGAGGCCAAGACAAGUCCCGGAACGCCGUUCUCCGCUUUGUUCUCGGAGCCCGGCACGGCACGCACAGUUGGUGGAGGUAGCGAAUACACGCGCUCUACCGCGAGCGAAGUGGGAACACCAUCAGGCACGUUCUCCAAGCUCACGGCGGCCGUCAGCGGCAAGCGCAGAGGCUCCUUGGCCGAUGCGCUGCUCUCCUCUCCGCCUCCUCUCUCCGCCGUUGAUAUGCUCCGUGGGCACAGUGCUCCGACUGGAAGCCUGUUCCGGGAUGUCAUCGAAGAAGAGCAUCUGGCACCGAAGGCCGAACGUGAGCGCACCACAAGUAUGCCUCGGAGCGAAACCCUCGAGUGGAUUAAUGCGCAGAAAGCGAUGAGCGUGGACGAUGCAGAAGACGGCGCUCUGGCCAAAGCCGCGCCGACCAGCGUUACCACUCAUGAGCUGCGAUCAACUGUGAAGCGACGCGUGAGCGAGGUCAAAGGCCCUUGGCCUCAGUCCCCCCUUCUCCUGGACGCCUCUAGCUCUGAAAAGCCUUCCCAUCCCGCGAGCGUGUCCGGACAGACGGCACACAAGCGGCUGAGUCUUGGAGCGAAGUUCGGCGCUGGCAUAGGGCUUGGUCUUAGUCAAGCUCCAUCCUCGGACGCCAUCGUGCCGCACGGGCUUGACGGCUCGGUCUCUGUACAAAGGGCUGCCAUCUCGCCCGCACACGGCCUUCAAAUUCCCGGCGAUGCUGGGGCGAAGCUUUUGGCAGCCCCAGCGGCCUCAGUGCUAGAACAGAAUGACCAGAGUCUGCGUCCCUCGCCAAGCAUGUCAUCUAGCGUAGAAGGAUUCGCUUGCAACGUCACGCCUCCUGCUCCCACUCACGCUUUGCCAGAUACAAAGCACACAGUGUCUUCACCUCCUGUCUUGGAUGCUGAUCGUACACCUCGAGCGCCUGCACGUGCACGCACAGCGACUAUCGCUGGAGAUAUCGAACGCAACUCCGCAUUGUCGAUCGUCCCAGGUGCAGCCGACACGCAACCUUCGCGUCCAAGAAGCAAGGCACACACCUCUGCUGCAUCCGGAUGGGGCGCGUUGGCCAACCUUCGGUGGGGCAACAAGUUCUUCAGCAUCGCUAGCAGCUCUGGUCUGACCUCGCACGGUACGGACACCCAAGCAACGAGCGAAAAGCGCUCUCCACCUAUGCGCUCCCUCACCUUGCUUGAGAAGCGUGACACUCGCGACAGAGACGGGGCCGCCGUCGCGGCCCAGCGUCGUGCCAGCUAUGGCCACAGGAGGUCGCAUUCGCGCGAGGACCUUGCAGGCAUCUUUCCCCAUCUCGAACGCUCUCAGCCUUCUGCUAGUGGCCGAGAAGCAGGUAUCGCGUCUGCUCCUGCUACGGCUAUUCUUCCUUCUACACCUAGAUUUUCGUCUCUGCUCGAAGAUGUUGAAGGUGUCGCUGCAAAGCCGGAAGCGGCUCAUGUUCAGAGCCGCGACAACAAUCGCGUCAAGCGCAGAUCUCGUAUUCGCUACCUGUCCAAUGGGCACGAGAUACAUCUCGACAUGGGCGAACCUAAUGAGCCGGCGCCCAGCCGAGAACAACCUCAACGACCUGGCUCCCUUCCUCUCGACGCCAUCAAAUCGCCUCGCGUGGCUGCAAGCCCUUCUGGAUGGACUCCUCGCCUGCAUUUCGGCCCGCUUUGGGGCAGCACAGCUCCUGCAAGUCGCGCUGAUCAGCGCGUCGGCCGCACUGAGGCUGAGAACUCGAGCAGGCCCGUAACUCCUGGAUCACCUUGGCUCGACUUUGCGGAAGGCGACGGCGGCCUGCAAGCCAGUCAAGAUCGCGCUGAAUAUCUCGCAGCUCACGCAGAUCAAGAGCAGCGGUCGGCGCAGCCGUUGCCCGAGGAAGAAGGCAUCCGCCGCCGAGGUGCUGGGCACCAGUCGACACCCUCGCUGCCUCCCACGGCUACAAUCAUCCCAUUCGGUUGGGCCACUGGAGCCAGCAAGCGCUCGAGCGGCAGUGCGCGCGUGCUGUUGCAUGACAGCAGUGCUGCUGCUGGAACGGUCAUCAACGUCGAAGAUAGCCAGCGAAGGCCAGUGCAGACGGCGGGCGGGCCUCCAGGUCAUGGCCGCCCUAUGAGCAUCUUUGUGCCUAGCGCGGUAAUUCAAGAACACCUCAUGCGCAACGCUGCAUUGCAAGUCAGUCGAAUGCGCCGCAGACGCUCGCAGUUCCCCCUGCCUUUGGGGGGCCCACAUGCGAAGCUGGACCUGACUAGCGUGCCAUCCAAGACGCUCUUCUUUGCCGGCUUCUUGGGCAUGCCGUGGCUCUGGCUGAUCGGUGGCUGGUGGCUCUCUUCUGAAGGGCGCAUUGCGACUAGAGCGCCAGCUAAAGUGGAGUUCUGGCAGCACGAAGCCAGCAUGCGCGAAGCCGCGGAGCGCGACGCCGCUUCCAGGCUUGGUGGUGCGAUAUUCCCUUCUCAGGGCUUGGCUGAGCGUAGCGAAGGCACCCCUGCCUCAGACGCGACCGGGGAGCAGGCUGGCGUCGCAACCUCGGGCAGUGGAGCGACAGUGAUCGAGCACCCAGCAGAUGUUUCGAAUGGUACUACGCACACCCUCCGAACGAUGCGCAGCCAUGCCACGGUGCGAAGCAACGCAUCGUCUGCGUGGGCGGAUACUUCGUCGCGCGAGUCGCCCCAGUCGGACAGCAUCCCUCGAAGCAGCAGACGGUCGGUGUCCAGCAUCCUAGGCUCCAACCCAGAGAUCGCGCUGAUGCGGUCUCCUGUGCGAAGCGGAGAGGCGACGGCUGUUCCCCAACCUGAGACGGUGUUGGCGCUCGCGCCAGUAAGAGAGUCGCGCGAGAGGGCCUCCUCUCGGCCACCCAGCGUGGAAGCCCUUCGAGCUGUGUUGGGGGAUCGGGACACGCGUGUGCAGGUACACGAAGCUGCUCAACAGGCAGCCUCCUCAGGUACUCCGCCAAACUCGACCAUGCCCUACAGCUCUAUCCCAAAUGGCCAGCCCAGAACUCACAAACGAAGCCGCAGCAUUGGAGAGCGCGUCAAUGCUGCUAUCGAUCACUGGGCUGGUCUUGAGCGCUUCGUGCUCCUCAACCGUAUCGCAGCCAUUGUCGCGACCCUCGUCGUCAUCUACGGCUCUGCAGCAGCAGUCACUGUAAUCGUAGGAAGUUUUUGAGGUGUUGUCGUCGCGCUGCAAAACGCCUGCGGCGUCCUGGCGCACGACGACCAUCUCUCCUACUCGGAUUCUUUGCGCACCUUGUCUCGCUCCUUCGUGCGCGAGCUCUGCCACUCUUCCGAGUAUUGCGCAACGCAUAACAAACGCCUUUUCCUUUCUCUUUUGCAUCUUUGUCCACUUUCUGUCUCGAUUUCUGCCCCUUGUCUACUCUUGCAUCUUUUCGUUGACAGCGCUACCGCGCAGGUGCGCAAGGCACACACUUUCUUUUGCUCCAAAACACGCUCAUUCAAGCCACCGCGCUCGUAACCAGCUCUGCCAUACCAUUUCAGAUACUAUCCAAAUGCUGGACCGAAAUGCAUCAUCAUCUUUAUCACUCGGUGCUUUU